CGCGUUACGCCUCACUGACAUCCGAGUCAAAAUUUUACGUUUCAUAACCUGGAAACUCGCUACAGGUUCAAUUUCACCCUAGUAUCCAUUCGCUCCAUGAUGAAGGAAGGAUUUCACUGCAUACGGAUUUCUGUUGAUGUUAUGACGGUCCGGAGACUUCAGAAGACGAUAGUCACAAUGUCGUAGGCAAACUCCAACGACACCUACUGCGAUACAUAACUGAACUGGUCAUGGCCAAAUCCUCAACAACCUCCUACCAUGUUCCCUCCAACGCCGCUAUCGACCGACACUCCCUCGUAACCCGCUACAAUCCCACUCGAAAUGCGUCCAACCCAACAACACCCAUGCAAGUCGGUAACGGCAACUUUGCAUUCGGCGCCGAUGUGACCUCGCUACAAACUUUCCUUCCCUUUGCUACCAUGUCUUCCUGGGGCUGGAAAAACGACUCACUUCCACCAAACCGCACUAUCGAGGAUGUAUACAAUUACAAAGGCGAAUCGUGGUACAAUCAUGGGAGAUUGGUACAAUAUGAUUUUGGUGGAGAUCCGGAGAUUGAGCAGUGGUUGACUGCGAAUCCCAAUCGGGUGAAUUUGGGAAUUGUCGGACUGGUUUUUCUGGACGCGCAAACAGGCUUAAUCCAGAACGUUUCGGAAAGUGAUCUCAGCGACGUUCACCAAACGUUGGACUUAUGGACGGGAAUCAUGUCAAGCGAAUUUACUUACGAGGAUACGACCAUUAACGUGACCACUACUUCGGCGCAGGAUAUAUCUGCAAUCACAGUCACAGUCUCCUCUCCUCUCCUAUUUCCCAAUACGAGUAACGCCUUUACUCGUCUCGGGAUUUUCCUCGACUUUCCUUGGGGAGAUGGUUCUCAAAAGUUCAGUGCUCCGUUCGUAGGAAACUUUAGCUCUGCCCUUUUCGAUAACCAUACCACCACGUUAUUGGACCAUAGCGAAAUUCAGGCUCAGAUUAAACAUCAAAUGGUUGACGCGAUAUUCUAUACCGCGGUUGAAAGUUCUACCAAAUUCAACAUCACACGCGAUUCGCCUAUCGCUCACCGCUACACAAUCCUUCCCCACUCAGACACCCACUCUCUCUCCCUCGUAAUCUCAUACAACUCCACCCUCCCUUCCUCACUCCCUUCUUCCGCUUCCCUUGUCCAAUCAUCCAUCGCCACCUGGGAAUCAUACUGGAUGGAUGGUGGAUUUAUCGAUCUCAUUACCGGGUCAACAGAUUCUAGAGCCGACGAAUUGCAGAGAAGGAUCAUCCUUUCGAGGUAUUUGAUGAGAGUUAACGAGGCGGGGGAGGAUCCACCGCAAGAGUCAGGUCUAGUGAAUGACGGCUGGUAUGGCAAAUUCCACAUGGAAGAAUACUUCUGGCACUCUGCCCACUGGGCGCUGUGGUCCAACUGGGAUAUUCUCCACCGUUCCUCAAACGUCUACACUUCCUUCCUCCCUACCUCUCUUUCCCGUUCCCAAAUCCAACAAGGCUGGUCCUCUGGUGCCCGUUGGCCCAAAAUGACUGAUCCCUCAGGCCGUUCUUCCCCCGGCGAAAUCAACAAUCUCUUAAUAUGGGAACAGCCCCAUCCAUUAGUCUUCGCCACAUACGAAUACCGCGCCUUUCCCUCUCUCUCGACAUUGGAGAAAUGGAAAGACGUGGUGAAGGCGACAGCGGAUUGGAUGGCGGUCUUCGCAUGGUUUAAUGCGUCUACGGGGGUAUAUGAUCUGGGUCCGCCGUUAUACGUCGUUUCGGAGGAUACAUCCCCGAAUGUGACUGUGAACCCUGCUUUUGAAUUGGCGUAUUGGCGGUUUGGGCUUGGUCUGGCAGAGGCGUGGUUCAAUGAACUCAGAGAAGAAGUUCCACGCGAUUGGACUACAGUCAAAAAUAACCUCGCUCCUCUCCCAAUUCAGAAUAACGGUACUUCUACGGUGUAUGCCGUCUAUGAAGGCAUUGAACCUGAUUUCUGGACGGAUCCAGCGUAUAUCAAUGAUCAUCCUUCCUUGGUGGGAUUACAUGGUUGGCUUCCGCCUACGGAAGGCCUCGAUCUGGGGAUAGCAAAGGUGACAAUGGAGGAGGUAUGGGCAAGGUGGAAUUUUAGUAAUUGCUGGGGAUGGGAUUUCCCUAUGCUAGCAAUGUCAGCCGCACGGAACAACGAUACAGAAAAAGCUAUCGAGUGGCUGCUGCAUCCGUUAUUCCAGUUUGACGAUGUUGGGAUGCCGAUAGGCGGGGUGAGGGUGCCUACACCAUACUUCCCUGGAUCCGGGGCACUACUCUAUGCAACGGCAAUGAUGGCGCAAGGGUGGGACGGGAGUGACGAGAAGGAAAGAGAAGGGGGAAAGGCACCAGGCUUUCCGAGAACUGGGUGGAAUGUGAGUGUCGAGGGGUUAAGCAUGGCGCUAUGAAGGAAAUAAUGGUUGAUAGUUCCUCUGAUCAGAACUCAGGGAACAUACAAAUGAGAUUUUGAAAGACCUUUCUCGUCGUGUUUUGUUUUGGCCAUUACACUUAUCGUUUCAGGUACAGCUGUGUACUACCAUGCUCUUCCUUUGUCCACGAAUUGUAUCAAUGUCUUACCAUACAUCACGGAUCAUUCGUAAUCGGAAAGCAACCAGUCUCGGUGCAAUAAGUGGACCUUU